AGCUUAAAGAUAACAUUAAGAGAAAAUUUUGAGCUAUUUUUAAUAGUUUAAGGAUAUUUUUGGCACUUUUCCUUCUCGUAACAAAAAACUAUUCACACGUCAUAAAUUUUCUUGUUUAAUUUUACAUUUUUGUUCAAUAUAAGUGGUUCAUUGAUCGGACUAGGGGUACUGGGGAUACUUUGACUGAAUUCAAGUUGGUCCUUGCCAUAGCAGAAAAAUGAACGACUUCACAGUUGGGUCUGUACCCACUGUAUUCUACAUUCCAGAUUUCAUUACUGAUUCUGAACACGACCAGCUCUUGAAUAAUAUAUACGGUGCGCCAAUUUCUAGAUGGAAAUCUUUGAAGAACAGGAGAUUGCAGAAUUGGGGAGGAGUUGUGCAUGAAAAAGGCCUUAUAGCUCAAGACUUGCCUCCUUGGUUAACUAGAAUUACAGAGAGAAUAAAUGAGAAAUCAGAGUUAUUUCCUUCAUCAAUUAAUCAUGUGCUUAUCAAUGAAUACCUUCCUAACCAAGGAAUAAUGCCGCAUCAAGAUGGACCAGCUUAUUAUCCUGUAGUGGCAAUUCUUUCUCUUGGAUCUCCUGUAGUUAUGGAUUUCACUCCACAUCCUAAUUUGAGAAGCUGUGUUGGUACACAUGGAAAUGGUGUUGAUGCAAAAAUUUCUGAUCCGGAGGCUGCUGUGAUGAAUUCUGGUGAACAGCUCGAUAAUUGCCAUCCAUUUUCUAUCGUAUUGAUGCCUCGCAGUUUGUUGAUAUUCAAAGACUCGGUGUACUCAGACUACUUGCAUGGUAUAAAAGAUUCUGAGAUGCAGCGAUGUAACGAGGCUGUGAAUAUAACAAAUGCUGAAAAUGAUGGAGUGGUUCAGCACUUAUCACGUUCGGUGAAAGCACUGGAUAGUGAUGAAACUGUCAUUUACAGGGCUAAUACAAGAGUUUCUUUGACCUGUCGAGUAGUAACAAAGGUUUGCAAAAAUAUUUUUAAGUUCUAGCUUCAUACAGAAAUAAAACUAGUCAACAGACCAACGCCAGGACGAGUAGAGCAUUGAGUCCAGGAGAAUUACUACCACCCUGCAGUUUUGUAAUAUCUUACCAUAUUGAUGUGCUAGAUUGCACCAUGAAAACCUCAAUGAUUUAACAAUUUAAAUGUAGCAUAGCUAGAUUAAUCCAUUCCUUUUCUUCAUCUA